GCCGUGCCCGGUGAGAGCGCGGCGGGAGGUGCCAUUCCCUGUCCCCAGCCACCAUGAGCGCCGAGACUCUGGUCAAGGACGUCAAACCCGGCCUCAAGAACCUCAACCUCAUCUUCAUCGUGCUGGAGACCGGCCGGGUGACCAAGACCAAGGACGGCCACGAGGUGCGGACGUGCAAAGUGGCCGACAAGACCGGCAGCAUCAACAUCUCCGUGUGGGACGAUGUGGGCAACCUCAUCCAGCGGGACAUCAUCCGCCUCACCAAGGGCUACGCCUCCGUCUUCAAGGGCUGCCUGACGCUCUACACCGGCCGCGGCGGCGACCUGCAGAAGAUCGGCGAGUUCUGCAUGGUUUACUCGGAGGUGCCCAACUUCAGCGAGCCCAACCCCGAGUACGUGGCGCAGCAGGCGCAGGGCAAAGGGGCCCCGCCCGAGACCUCGACCCCGGCAGCUCCGCAGCCCCCCCCGGGCCCCCCCGCCGCUCCCCCAGCCCCCGAGAGCCAGAACGGGAACGGGCUGAGCUCCGGGGGCCCCCCCGCGCACCCCCCGGCCGCGCCCCCGCACCCCCCGAGCGGCCGCAUCACCCGCAGCCAGCCCGGCCCCGUCAGCAACGGCAAAGAGACGCGGCGGAGCGGCAAGAGAUAACGGGGACCCCCCCCCCCCGGAACCCCCCCGGAACCCUCCCCCCGGCACCGCCACCAACCGGGGGCUCCCCGGUUCGCCGAGCCCGCAGCGGG